GGUACGUGUCCCAUUGCUCAGGCCAACAAAGAGUGUCUGAUGUAGAAAGGGCAAGGGAUGGUGCAGGGGAAUAGGCAGAUCAAUUUCCAAAGGAGUCGUCGGCAGGCAAAGCGCAAAGCAAGCCUGAGUGACUGCUGAUGAUUGAGGCAAAGUAACAGGAGACCGCAGGGACGGGCUAAAGGGACGAGACCGAAGGACGCGCGGGAAACGCCGGAUCGCGACAAACAAGCGAAAACACGGGCGAAAGAAGGACCAAUCCGGUCCGUCGUAAAUAAUACUUCUACCGUCCGUCCCUCUUCAUCCUCCACCUCCACUCUCUCGCCCCUCGAGUUUGUCCGCCCCCAUCGACUCGUGCGACACGUCCAAUCUCCACCCUGUGCCUGCAGCCGUUCGCUGCCAACCGCUCGUUAACGUCGAUUCAAACUCGUUGAUGGCUCCCACACUUGAAACAACUCAGACGACUCAGUACCAACAGCAACAACAGUGCGCCAAGUAUCAGUACGUCGUCACCUCUGCCGGCCCGAAGAUCGUGCCAGUCCCGGCAGAGGUCGAAUGUAGGGACGAGGAGUCUGCGGCGGACUACAACUCGGGAGGUUAUCUCGCCGUCAAGGUCAAGGACACCUUCAAGGACGGCCGCUAUGUCGUUCAGCGUAAACUCGGAUGGGGUCACUUCUCCACCGUCUGGCUGAUCAAGGACACCGAGCUAAAUCGACAUUCGGCGCUUAAGGUCGUUAAGUCGGCGAGUCGAUACGCCGAGACUGCCCGCGAUGAGAUCAAGCUUCUCCGCAAGGUUAUGGCUGCUAACCCCCAGCACCCUGGCCGCAACUUCGUCGUCUCGUUCCUUGACUCGUUCAUGCAUCAGGGUCCCGAGGAGCAGCAUGUCUGUAUUGUCUUCGAGCCCCUGGGAGAGAAUCUGCUUGCCCUCAUUGAACGCAACAAAGCCAAGGGUGUCCCACGCUCUUUGGUCAAGACCAUCUCAAGACAGAUGCUCCUUGGUCUUCAGUAUCUCCAUGACGAGUGCGACCUCGUGCACACCGAUAUUAAGCCCGAGAACAUCAUGAUAUCGAUACCAGAUGUCGAGGCUCUCAUCCUUGCAGAACUUUCUACGUCACCUUCGCCAACGAGUCGGCGAGUCGGUGUGCCUCCCGGGAAAUCGCGGACGGGAACUGUACUGAUCCCUAAGAAGGGCCGAGACCGUCAUGUCCAGAUCUUCAGUUCUCAACCUCUCCCGAGCCCUACGUCGGGCAAUUCGAGCAGAUCGAGCAGUCCAGGUAACCGCGGCGGCCUCCGAAUGUCAACAAUCACGAGCCCUAUCAGUGCCGCAUCGGACGGAAAGGGACUUGUCGGUUCCGCGCCGCUCUCCGGUAUCGAUUCCAACACUACGUCAGUUGCGAGCUCUGUUGUGUCGGCUUCGCUCGUAUCGUCUACCCCGCCGACGUCAUUAGGAAGUGUGACGUCUAAGAUAGAAGCACCUGCCGAUGCAGAAGGUGCCGAGAAGGCUAUCCCUUCCAGCCUGCUCAUUACUCCAAAGGAAUUACCUGUUCCAAAGCAGAAUAAUGGACCUUCUCUAUUAACGCAGACUGCACCUGCCGACCUUAAAGGAACCGCUGCUUCGUCUUCAGAUGAAACUGUAAGAUGUCCGACUCCACCGCCAGCGUAUUCGGAACCUGCCAUUGAGAUCAAGAUCGCGGAUAUGGGCAAUGCUACUCCGUCUCGUGUGCAUUAUACCGAAGAUAUCCAGACGCGGCAGUAUCGUGCACCGGAGGCGAUUUUGGGUCGUUCAGAUUGGGAUCACACGGCUGAUAUCUGGAGCGCAGCUUGUGUGAUCUUCGAAUUGCUGACAGCAGAGUAUCUGUUUGAUCCUCAGUCGCAAGGCGCACUUUUCAGCAAGGAUGAUGACCACAUGGCACAGAUCAUUGAACUACUCGGCGAUUUUGCACUGGACGCGAAGAUGGGCGGAAAGUACAGUCGUGAAAUCUUUGACUCACAAGGUACUUUACGAUACAUCAAGACACUCAAGCCAUGGCCGCUAAAGCGCGUGAUGAUGGAGAAAUACCUUUUCACACACCGUGACGCUCAAGGCCUCUGCGAUUUCCUGGAACCAAUGCUGCGCGUUGACUUCCGUGCUCGAGCACGUGCAAGUGACAUGGUUGAUCACUCUUGGCUCGACUCAGUGGAUGAGGCGGAGGAGGGUGUAUGCCUAUGAACCUCCUCCGCCAUAUCUGUCGUUUUUUCCACCUCGUCCUUUGAUCACUUCUUCGACUACUUCUUUAUUUUAUCAACUACGCAAUUUCAUCUACUCACUGCCACCACGUCUUAGACUCAGCACUCAUCUCCUACCCUAGACACUAGUCCUACUUCUCAUCCAUGCUCAACUAUAUAUUAUACUACCUAGACUCUCUUCCAUCCUUUUGCCCUCCUGCAGAUUCAUUCUCGCAACUCCACCAUCUUGUCAUAUCCUUUCAGGCCAGCGCGUCAUCGAGUUUCAACACUUCUCUUUGUAUGGUCAUACUUGAUGUUCUCUCCUCCCCAUUCGUAUUUUCGUUAUAACUCGGGGACGUACAUAUCCACACAUCCACCCUAUUCUCUGGUCCAUUUGUUGUUACGUUCAUGCACCCAUUUAUAUUAUUUUCCGGGUUUCUUACACAUGUUCGUUUUCUUCCCAUUAUUCCGCAAUUCUUAUGUUUUGUUGUAACAUCCUCUUUUUAACUACAUUUUGUUUCGCUUGUCUGCGACCCUUUGUUUUCUCAUUCGUAGUGUUUAUACGGCCGACUUCCAUAUUAAAUUUUAUUCUCCCUGUCCCUUUUCCCAUUUAUCAUCGUAGCAGCCUGUAGCUAUGCCUUUUCCUCUUCGUCGUCUCGUCCCAGUCUCCUGUCUCGUCUCCUUCCGUCUCGACAUGUGUACGACGUAGCCUCUCUCUAGACGCAGGUUUACUACCUACCCUUUCACCCUUUCCGCAGAAUCUCUCUUACCGUUAUGUUUCGCAUUUCGUUAAAGGGCUCUUUUUAUGCCUUUUCUUUCGACUCUGUCCUCGUCCCUUUUUU